AUUCGUCGGUUGUCGGCUCAGUGCUCUACACACACCCCAACUCAAAUUUUUGUGACAGAACGUUUCUCUCUUCCCUCAAGUAGCGUGGUCGCUUUUCUGUACAAAGAUCAUCAAAUUAUUUGAAAUCUGUCCACAGAAUAUUAAAUUGUGGUCAACACUUUAAACGUGUUUGUUACGAAGAAAAAGCUCCAACCAACAGCAGAAUGGCUACCAAACGCUUAAUCCCCCUGCUGGACCGUGUUUUGAUUCAACGUGCCGAGGCGUUGACAAAAACCAAGGGCGGUAUCGUGCUACCGGAGAAGGCCCAAUCGAAAGUGCUAGAAGGUACUGUCAUCGCCGUAGGACCGGGAGCACGAAACACACAAACCGGACAGCACGUUCCGCUGGGGGUAACCAUCGGUGAGAAGGUUCUGCUACCCGAGUACGGGGGCACCAAAGUGGAUCUAGGUGACGCCAAAGAGUACCAUCUGUUCCGGGAGUCGGAUAUCCUGGCGAAAAUCGAAUAGAACCAGCAGAGCCGCCCUCGACAGCCAACCAGACCCAAUGCGAUUCGCGUUAGACAUCCAUCGAAGAACGGCGAGCUGGUUGAGAUUCGGCUCUGAACAGCUGUUAUAAUUUUAGGGAAACUCCUGGCGAGAUCUUUAGCUACUAAAUAGCAUUCGUUCCGCGUGUGUGUGUGAGUUGAAUGUUGAACUGAAACGCGCUUGACUCGCAUUUAAAUCACAAUUAGGCGACCGCGUUUCAGAGGAUGUACUCGAGGGCCACACCCAAUUGUGGGGACCACCAAGGUUUGUCGUUCGAACGUUGCUGCUCCUACCAUGAUUGGGAUGAGAUCUUGCUCGGUUGUGGGUCGUGAAACCAAAACUUGCUAGGUUCCUGCAAGCGAGGAAGAUCCUUUUAUUUAAGCAGGCCAAUGGUUUGACUAGAGAGAAGACUCGAACGAACUGUUUGGCUUACGGAUGCGUGUGUGCGUGCUGCUACUUUUACCGAUAAGAGUACGAUUCUUAGGUUUAUUUUCCGUUGAAUAAAAAACAAGAAUAACAAAA